GCCUCCUCCAGUCUGAGCCGCAGAGGAACCCGGAGAAAGACUCAGUGCUCGCUGGACGCUUCCUCCGCCACACCAAGCCUUCCACAUGAGCCAGCCAAGCCUUACCUGCCCACCAGGAUGACCAGAGAACAGCAUUCUCUACUACUGCUCCUCCUGCUUCACUUGAGUUUGGGACAAUCAGACUACGCCCCAUAUUUCUUCGAUAAUGGGCCGAGCAGCACGACGGGCAACAUGGCGCUGUUUAGCAUCUCUGAGGACACACCAGUUGGAACACUGAUCUACAUCCUGAACGGUACCGAUCCAGAGGGAGACCCAGUCAGAUACGAUCUGGCUUUUGAAAAGGGCUCCAAAGAAUAUUUCAGGGUCGACCCUAAAUCGGGAAACGUGACUCUGGUUUUGGAGCUGGACAGAGAGGAGGAAGAUGAAAUCUCUUUUCAAGUGAGCAUCACAGAUGGUCGUAAUAAAGUGGUUGAGAAGGUUCAGAUGUUUGUCACCGAUGCCAACGAUGAGCCUCCCCAGUUCCAAAAUCUGCCCUUCAUCAUCACCAUCCCAGAGGACUCACUGCCUGGUACGAGCAUCUACAGGGUCCAGGCGGUCGACAAGGACAUGGGCUCUGGAGGCAGCGUUUCAUAUUCCCUCGUACAGACCUCCCCGUUCUCCAAGUUCACCAUUGACGGGCACAGUGGGAUCCUCCGAGUCAAACCAGGGGAGACGCUUGACUACGAGACCACACCCACUCACUUUGUGACUGUGAUGGCAAAGGAUGGUGGAGGAAAGUACAAAGGGAAACAUCAAGUUCUAACGUCCACUGCAACCAUAACCAUCAACAUAAUUGAUGUGCAGGACAUGCCCCCGGCCUUCAUCGGCACUCCCUACUUUGGUUACAUCUAUGAAGUCUCAGUCCCUGGCUCCGAAGUUUUCACUGUGUACGCUAAAGAUGGAGAUCAAGGCAAUCCAAACCCGAUUCACUACUCCAUUGUCAACGGCAGCGACGGUGUCUUUGACAUGAACAGCACCAGCGGCUGCAUCACCUUGACCACAUUUCCAAACAUGCUGAAAAGUGAGCUGUAUGAAGUUAAAGUGAAGGCCUCUGAAGUGGGACCAGACGGGCGUCACCACGACUAUGACCUCACCGUGGUGACAGUUCGAGUGGUGGAUCUCAACAACCAUCCACCAACGUUCUACGGAGAGAAUGGGCCACAGAGCAAAUUUGAAGUGACCAUGUAUGAGCACCCACCUGCAGGAGAGAUCCUGCGGGGGUUCAAGAUCACGGUCAACGACUCGGAUCAGGGAGCAAAUGCUAAGUUCAAACUCAGACUUGUGGGUCCAAGUCGAGUCCUUCGUGUGGUGCCCCAGACGGUUUUGAACGAAGCCCAGGUGACCAUCAUCGUGGAGGACUCCACUGGCAUUGAUUAUGAGAAGGGACCGAGACUUUCUUUCACGCUACUUGCUGUGGAGCUGGACACUCCUGAGCGCUUCAGUUCCACGGCAGACAUUGUCAUCAACUUACUGGACACCAACGACAACGUCCCCAAAUUCAGCUCAGAGUAUUACAUUGCCAGAGUCCCAGAAAACUCGCCCGGCGGUGCCAGCGUCAUCACUCUCACGGCCAGCGAUCCAGACUCAGGACCCUGGGGGGAAGUCAAGUACACCAUCUAUGGGUCUGGAGCAGAUCUCUUUUCCAUCCACCCAUCAACUGGCCUCAUCUCCACACAACCCUGGACCACACUGGACGCGGAAGUCCGCUCCAAGUAUAACUUCUACAUCAAGGCUGAGGACUCCGAGGGGAAGUACAGCGUAGCUGAGGUCUUUGUCAGCGUGCAGGACAUGAAUGACCACCCACCAGCUUUCAAUGAUCGCCUACUGGAGAAGACCAUGAUCAUCGGAACACCAGUCAAAGUGGAGGCAAUUGAUGAAGAUGCAGAGUCUCCCAACAACGUCAUAGAGUACUCCAUCAUGACGGCCGACCCCGACAACGCCUUCGACAUCGACCCUGACACGGGUGAAAUCCAGCUGAAGCCCUACAUCAAGUCCAUGGAGAUUGUCCAGAACAUCACCAAGCAGAAGGACUGCAAGUGGUCCCUGGUGGUCCAGGCCCGAGACCGAGGCUCGCCGUCCUUCAGCACCACUGCCGUGGUCAACAUUGACAUCACAGAAGCGACUCCUCUCAGGGGGCCGAUGGCAGCCCUUUUAAAGAGAAGUAGGGAGGACCCCAUGACCGCUCUGGGCAUGGUCACCCUAAUCGUUGGCCUGUUAGUCGGGGCCACCGUCCUGAUCUCCACAGCUAUGUUCAUGCGCAACUCAAAGUCCAACCGUAUCAUACCUGCGCGACGCAAAAUCAUCAGAAAGCGUCUGAGGGACGAGCAACAGUGGACAUUCAAAAUGCCCGCUUUCAAUUUUCACAACCCCUCGGCUAAGUUCCGCAUGGAUGCAGAGGGCGGCCCAACUCAUGGCAGCAGCAGCCCGAGGACGAGGCCUCCUCCCCCCUCUUUGCCUCCCCCUCCUCCGGCUAACACAAGACCCAGCGAGCGGCCACGAGCUGUGCCCACCAUAUCUGGAACGCUGGCCUCUAAAGGCUCGAAAAAGUUGAAAUCUUUCCGUCGUAAAGAAGGCAACAUGAGCUCCGCGUUAGUGUCGGAGCUGAAGAUGAAGCUGGAGCAGAAGAUCAUAGAGAACAACCAAGGCUACUACUGAACACACUCUGCAUUCAGAGUAUUUCAGUGAGCCAACUGUACUUUGACACAGGCAUUUGGCAAAUGGUUUAAAAUCCACGCCAGCCGUCUGAUUUCAAGUUGGCUAGCCUGAAUGAUGAGCUACACGAGCAUAUUGUAUUACUUUAUAUGUAUGGGAUACAUCUUUAUGGUUCCCUUCAGGAUUCUGACUUCUGUUGCUAACAGUUGCUAGUCACCACCAGCUAGCCUGAGCGAUUGUACAGAAGCUCCACAGUUCCUACAUUCAUGUCAUUGGAGUGUGUUAAAUUAAGAAAUGUCAAUAAACUCUUAAACAUCAAAACCAGUGUAUAAUGCUUAGUUUCAACUGGAUUACUUUUAUUUUCAUUCAUGUCCUGAUCUGUGAAAGGCUGUUUUCAGGUGGUUUGGAAGUGGAUUAUGUCAUAAAAUAUAAUUAAAAAAAGAGAUUUGCAUUGAACUGAAUUUCAUUUACCUCCUUGGAUGAGAAAUGCUGACUGACACUGUUUUUACUUUUUCUACAAUGCUUCUGUUGCUGUCUGCGUCAAUAAUGUGCCACGGUAGAGACAAGAGCUGCUUUGUUUUCUGUGCUCAGUUCUGGAGAAAAUGCUUUUCUUGUUUAUAAAAAUGUUUCAAUUGUACAGUGUUUCUUUUGUGCCCCUGCAGUAUGGAAAUAUAAUGAUUAGACUUUUGCUUGGAUUUCACAAGGUCACAUUGAUGUACAUGAAAUGUUAGAUGAUUCCAAUAUGCAUUCUUUGUUUUGUGGAUAGUGUCAUAUCUCUUGAAAAAUCACUGUCAUAAAUUGAAAUCAGUGUAUCUGAAAUCUCAUAUUUGUACCGUCUUUGAAACGUCUUGACUUUGAAUAAAUAUUUGAAACUG